GCGGGCACCGACCGCCGCGCGCUGAGCGCAGCCUUCAGCCGGCGGCCCGAAAGCGUUUACUGCAGCCUUAUCGGCAGCGACCGCAUCGCUUCUCCGCGCGGGAGGGUCCGACGCGCGCGGACGGCCGUUCCCGUGCGGGCUGUGCUGCACAGCUGCAGCCCGGAGCUCCGUCUCCACACCUGUGGUCAUCGAGUGGCGCAGCGCUGAGCGCGGGGAGCGGACGGUUUCGUGCCGGCGGUCUCUCAGAUGAGCGCAGCUGAGCCCGUUUAGCAUCGCGCUGCGCACAGCUGCUUUAAUCUCGAUGACUUCAGUCGCUUUUUAGAAGGUUUUGGUCGUAGGUUCGCUUCUCCUCCCUGUGUCGUGGAUGAAGGCCGUUAUCUCCUCAGCUAUGAGCCUGGGCCUCCUGUCUCCGAAUUCUUCAUUCUGAGCUGUUACUGAAGUAGAAGAUGCCCGAAACAGAUCUUCCAACAGCUCCCAAUGGGGCGACAAUUAUGGGCCCUCAUGGAAUCAAUCGAGCUGUUCACCGCAUUUCUUUUUCUGACUGUCAGAAUGGAUUAGGAGUUAAAAUAAUUGGAGGUUACCGGGCACAAACAGCAGAAGAUUAUGGGAUUUUCAUAAAGAGAAUCCUGCCUGGAGGGGUUGCUGCUGUAGAUAGCCGUUUGCUCGCGGGAGAUCUCAUUUUGGAUGUCAAUGGAGAAAACUUAACAGGAGUAACCAAUGAAAGGGCUGUUGACAUCUUGCGAACAGCUUCUGCAUCUAAUCACAUGUCUCUGCUGGUUGCCAGAGAUGAAGAAGCAAAGAAGGAAUUCCUUGACCUGAUGGAUAAGUAUGGCUCUCACAGUGACACCUAUUCUGCAAGAAGUUCUCCAACACAGCCAUUAGCUGGAAAACCUGUGGACAGCCUUUCUUCUGGAUCAUCCUCAAGGUCACAGAGUCCUCAGUUGUCUCCGGAGGACGUUACCACCACUGUCAGCAGAAAGAAUUCUGCACCAGCAGCAUCCCCAAAGAUUGCAAAGGAUAGUGCAUUUCAGAUUAUCUCUGUUUGCAAAGGAGCAAGUCUUGGUUUGGAUAUUGUUGGAGGAAUUGACAGAAAUGAAGGGCCUUUGGUAUACAUCCAAGAAGUUAUCCCUGGUGGUGACUGUCAUAAGGAUGGACGACUGCAGCCUGGAGAUCAGCUUGUCUCCAUAAACAAGGAGUCAAUGAUUGGCGUGUCCUAUGAAGAGGCAAAAAGUAUCAUCGACAGAGCCAGGACGAGGUUUGAAAGUUUUUGCGAGAUAGCUUUUAUAAGACAAAAAAAUGUUCCCAGUUAUUCGGGGAAUCUGCAGCGGCCUUCCAGUCUCAUACCACCUUCUGCAGUCGUUGUUGGACAGCAAGCUGCAGGCCCCAGCCCUAUGGCAUCUCCGAACACAAAGCUUGUUUCAGCGCUCCUUCCUAACGCUAUGGAAACUAGAGUCAAAAUGGAAGAGCAGUCUCCAAUUACUCCUGCAGAGAGCAGUCCUGCUGAUGUAUCUGUUCAUGUCAUUGCCCCCAACCAGAAUGAUAGUUACAGGCUGCCAGGAAGGAAGGCUGUCUUGAACUCUACUAUUCGUCUCAAAGCAGAAAAGCUGGAGAGGGCAUUGAAUUAUCUCGGGAUUCAGCCCUCAGCUGAACAGCAGCAAGCCCUAAGGCAGCAACUUCAGAAAGAUUCUAAAGGAACAGUGUCUUUUGGAGAUUUCGUUGAAGUUUCAAGGAAUCUCUUCUCUGUGCAUUUGGAUGCAACUGAUGGUGGCCAAAAACCUGUGACGUUUGGGAUUGAUGAAAUUGUCAGUUUGUUAGAUUCACAGUUUGUAACCUGGGAUUCUUUGGAGGAUGACAUGGAAAAGCUUAAGAAGGAAAGAAAUGAAGCUUUAAAAGAAAUGAGCAAAUUGAAGGAAGAAUUAUCAGAAUCUCUGAACUUACAGAAGCAGUUAACAGAGGAGCUACAAAUGGUCAAGCAAGAAGCCAAGGCAGCUGUAGAGGAGACAAGAGCCCUGCGAAGCAGGAUUCAUCUUGCAGAAGCUGCACAGAGGCAGGCGCGCGGGAUGGAGAUGGACUACGAAGAAGUAAUUCGCCUGUUGGAAGCUGAGAUAGUGGAGCUGAAGGCUCAGCUCUCUGAUCACUGCGGCCAAAAUAAAGAUAACAUCCAAGAUUUGAGAAAGAGGGUUACUGUUCUUGACUGUCAGCUGCGGAAAUCGGAGUCGGCUAGGAAGAGCUUUGAGGUGGCUACUGAGAAACUGCUACAGUUCGUGGAGGUUGUGCAUGAAAUGCUUUCCGAAAACUCUCCUUCCUCGGCUGUUCUAAGUGACAGAAGGACACCGUUGUCUUCUAAAGCACUCCUUGCCCGGCUGGGGAGGAUUGGACCAACUGUUACCACAGCUCUUGCAGCAGAAGCCAGAGACCUUGCCAAGUCUGUCCGUGCCAUUCUGGAAGUGAACUGUCUACCUUAUGGAUGGGAAGAAGCUUAUACAGCAGAUGGAAUCAAAUACUUUAUCAACCACGUGACACAGACAACAUCAUGGAUCCAUCCUGUAACAAGUGCACUAAGCUUGCUCUGCUCUGAGGAUGACGACGAUGGAAUAAGAGAGCCUUCAGGAUCCAAGAGCCACUGAGGGCAUCUGCUGACUGAAAGUAGUUUGUCUGAUUUCUGAACAUUAGAGAGAAGAAGCACACAUUUUAUUCUAUGUUCUCUCGUCUAACAUAGUAGUACACAAUGGCACUUCUCCCCAUGAAGUCAGAGGGAGUUCUGCUGUUUAUUUACGUGGCUUUUUUCUUGGGUGCCUCAAAAGAUGCAGGCACUGCAGAAGCCUCUCUUAGUCCGUAACUUCCCCAGCUGUGUAGGGAUCAGUUGUGUAUCUUAGGACCCAAUUCAUGACUUCUGUAGCAGCAUAACUCCACUGACUCAAAGUGAAAUUUUCCAUUACGACCAGCAUGACAGCCACUGGAUACACUUCAUGUGGUAAAUUCCAUCUGAUGGUUUGCUGAAUUAUGCAAGGUCUGCUUUUUUUAAGAUCAACACUAGUGAGUGUAAUGCAGAUGGAUGCCUUUUGUGUAACUACUGAAUAAUCUGAUUUUUAUAGAAGAAAUUUGUGAAAGAGUUUUGCUAACAGAAAUCUGGCAGUUACAAAUUACAAGUAUUGCAACCCUGAUUACUUUUAAGGUUGGGCUUUAGGAAAAUGAAUCUUUGAUAAGUUGUCAAACAAAAAGAAGCAGUUUUGGUAGAGGACACCAUACUCGGUCAACAAUAUGUGGCAAGAAAGAAAAGUAUUCUACUUCUGUACUCUGCUAAACCGAUCCAUCCGUGCAUCAAAUGCUUCAGUAGAAGCUGUGAAGUUUCAAGUACAAUGAAACCUGUGAAACCACCUCCAGGAUCAGCAGAAAUCAGUCACCUCCUCAAAAUUGGUCUUCAAGUAGAACAAAAUCAUUUUGUAAACAUCGGUGAUGAUUUAAAAAGGAUAAGGAAAAUGACGGGGUGCUACUGCAAUCUAAAUGAACAGGUUUCACUGCACCUCAAUAGCACAAGAUAUUUUAAAUCUCAUUAUUCACAACAACAUACGAUGCUAGCUUUACAAAUAUAUGAUUCAAUACUGUAUUUUUGUAGAGACUUUGUGUAUGUAUUUUAUAUAUAUAUGUAUAUGGUAGGUGUUGACUAAUGAAUGAAAGAAGGAUCUGAAACUUUGCAGAAGCACUGAUGGAUCUCCCAAAGGAAAACCCUAUUACUAAACUUCAGGCCAAGGAGAACAGUACUAUAACAGUGUGAGGAAGGCACAGGCUGCAAUCUGCAUUUUUCUGAGGUGCACACUUAGGACUUCUGAACCUCUCUGAAAUGGCUGGGGACCCUUCUCCACUCCAGCUCCCCUCUGUUGGCCCAAACAUAGAAAUGAGGACUUGCAGUCACAUUUUUUGGAGGUCUGUCUCCAGCAGAUGUGGUAUUAAAAAUCCAAGCAUCUGGAAGAAUGUACCAGGGGUGCUCCGAAAGCAAUGCCUCCUGUUGUAUGCUGUUGGCCCAUGAUGUCAGAGGUGGAUGUUGGCAGAUGGCAGUAGAGGUUGAACCUUUCUGCCAAUAUUCCAUUCCAUUUUGUUGCCAUAUGACAGACAGCAGCAGAGGGGCAGUCUGACAGAAAGGCAGUCUGACAUGGAAGGAUGUAUAGAAGGAAGGUGGAAUUGAAUUCCUCCAGGUAGAAAAAACUGCACCCACUGCAAUUUUUUGCAGCAGAGUCACCUCUGCUGGUGCAGAUUUUUAUAAGUGCAACAUGCAGGCUCCUAUUCAUUGCUGGCAAAAAUGCAUAGCUCACAGUGGUGCCUGUGUUGAAAAAUACUGUCUUGUAGCUGAGAAUUUGUUGUCAGAUCGUGUUAUUGUGCUCGCUGUAUUUGUUGUGGUUUCCAUGAAAAUAAAUAGGAGGCAUUACUUUCAGAGCAAGCUAGGUGUAUAAAGCCCUGACUUCCUCCUAGUUCUGGUGUCUGUGCCAUACUGCCCGUCCUUAGCAUUACAGAGCUGUGCCAAGUCAGGCACACAGUGGCUGUUGAUCCUUUUGAAUCUAAAAUAAUAUACCGUUCUUUAAAACCCAAGUCAAGUCUCUGAACAGCCGUGCAGCAAUCUACUGCAUAUGGCCUGCGAGCUGUCGAGCACAUCACCAAAUGUUCUUCCUGCAGGAACAAAGUGCAGCUCACAAAAGUUUUUUUUUGCAGUCUUUGCUGGAAGGAGAUGUCAGGAUACAUUGAAUAAGCAAAUAGGAAAAAAUGUUUUGUACUUUUAAGUAGGUCAGAACCACGUUAUCCAUGAAUCUACACAGGUGGUGUGGAUUAGGAGGAAGAGCUUUCUCAGCAGACCCACAGUAGCAUAUAGUUCUGAGAAAACUUCUCAUAGCAAUCACACCUGUGCUUCACUUGUGUUUUGCUCCAGUGACUCCUAUGUGCUUCAUAGUCUCCUCUGUGUUCCCUGAGAGGACAGUGUGAAAAGACAAAGUGUGUGCUUCACUUUCAGUUGAGCACUCUAGAUGCAUCAUUAUUUAAAUACCUUUUCUGAAAUGGCGUAGACUCGUGACCCAUAAACUGUAUGUGAGGUUCUAAAUGCCUUGCAAUAUUUACUGUAGCCUUAGAAGUAAUUUGGAUGCUUUAUGACAGGCACUUUCACUUCAUACUUCCAUGGUAGCCAGAUUGCACAUAGACUCCAGUUUUCCAGUUGUGCUCCAGAGAGGUUUGAAGCUCCACUUGACCCUCCCAGUCUUGAUUUAUGCUACUAGUGGCUUUCUGACAGCUAGCUGAGUGUUCCUCAUAGGAGAAACUAUUUAGGGGCAGAGAUUAUGGAUCAGGCAGACUUCAUCAGAAGAGGCUUUAUGGAGACCGAGCAGCAAUUUAAAACUGUGUUUCUGUUGGAUCAGCUGGAGGAGGACAGCUAUGUACAUACUGCUUGCCCUUCCUGAAGAGCUGCUAAUGAUCUCUUGCUCUGAGAAUGCAGCGCACAGCCUGCUGUGCACGAGAGGGGAAGAAAUCAAGGCACAAUGCUGGCGUUCUGCCAGCUCUGCUUACCAUCUCCACCCCCAGAUGAGAACAUUUCAGAAACAUGGAGGCUGUUUCUUUCUCUUACAAAUUUGCCUUGAAAUUAAAGUCAUUAGAAAUAGAUCUCUGCAUCUAUCUAGCUUCUCUGGUAAGCAUUACCUCUUCAGAUAAUCCACUAGUUCAAGUGCUCUGCUAUUGAGGCUACAUUUUCAUACCUACAAUUUCCAAGUGUUCUAAUCUAUUUUUGUAUGCUGGCAUGCUUGUUUCCUAGGAUAUUUCUCUGUAUCUCCCCUUGUCUCUUCCUUUCUGUGAAAUAUUUUGUGAAAUUAUUUUGAUUAAACUGAACUAUGUAUAUUGAGAAAAUGGCUCUAGGAUAACUUCAGAAGAAUUUGUAAAGAACAGUUGUCCAAAUACACAGUGCUGUAAACAUGGCUUCCCAUUCUUAUUGCAGAAUUAAAGAAAUGAUGUGGAAAAAAAAAA